UUAAAACAAGCAGAUUACAUUUGAGCUGUGCAGUUUGGCGCAGCACCAUCAUUAGGUCUCGUGUAGAAAUGUAUUCUCUAAAGAAGAGUUUGUUUCCCCUGGAUAUUUCCUCCAAAUGUCAUUUCUCUGUCUGAGAAGUGCAUAUGCUAAAUUACUGUAGUGGGAGAGGGGCAGAAGAAUGAGCUCCUCCAAUCAAAUCACUCUCCUGCUGUGGAAGAACUGGACCCUCAGGAAGAGACAAAAGCUUCGCUUCCUGGUGGAACUUGUUUGGCCUCUCUCUCUUUUCCUUGUUUUGGUUUGGCUGCGGAAAUCAAAUCCUCUCUACCAGCAACAUGAAUGCCAUUUUCCCAAUAAAGCAAUGCCCUCUGCGGGAAUGCUGCCAUGGUUACAGGGAAUUUUCUGUAAUCUCAACAACCCCUGCUUCCAGUACCCUACUGAUGGAGAAUCCCCUGGUGUGGUUUCAAACUACAGAAAUUCCAUACUUUCACGUAUAUAUGCGGAUGCUCAGGAGCUGCUGGUUAAUAAACCUGAAAUUCAUAAACUACGCGUAAUCUGGGAUGACGUCUGCUUUCUAUCUGACUUCAUGGAUAUUCUCAGAACCAAUCCGAGGAGAGUUGCAGGGACAGGUAUUCGUAUCAAAGACAUUCUGAAGGACGAUGAAACCCUGACCUCAUUCCUACUCAAAGAAAUUGAGCUUUCCGACUCUGUUGUGCACCAGUUGAUCAAUGCCCAAGUGCGACCUGAGCAGUUUGCUUAUGGAGUCCCAGAUCUAUCCCUUAAGGACAUAGCCUGUAGCCAGACCCUCCUUGACCGCUUCAUCAUCUUCUCCAGUCGGCGAGGUCUCCGCACGGUCCUGAACGGGAUGUGUGCCCUCUCCCAGCAACGGCUCCAGAGAGUAGAGGACGCGCUUUAUGCAAGCGUGGAUUUCUUUAAGCUCUUUCAAGUGCUUCCGAAAGUGCUGAACAGACAUGCGAGUGGAAUAGACGUGCACUCUUGGAUAAGGAUUUUAAAUGACGCGUCAUCCGUCCUGGAAGAGUUCACUGCUCGGGACAGUGUUCAAGAUCUACAACAGGUUGUUUACCCGUUGUUUACUGAGGGUGGUCCUGCGUCAUUCAGUCAACUGAUGGACCUGUUAUCGAGUCUAAUCUGUGGCUAUCCUGAGAAAGGAGGCUCCAGGGUUUUCUCUUUUAAUUGGUAUGAAGAUAACAACUACAAGGCUUUCCUGGGAAUUAAUAACACAAAGAAAGAGUCUAAGUAUAUGUAUGAUUAUGCAACAACUCCCUUCUGUAAUGCACUUAAUCAAAACAUGGAGUCCAACCCUGCAACCAAGAUAGUUUGGAACGUUAUGAAGCCAUUACUAAUGGGCAAGGUUCUGUUCUCUCCAGAUUCUCCUGCAACACGACAGCUGAUGAAAAACGCUAAUGUCACCUUUGAGGAACUGCACAGGCUUAAGCAGGUUGGGAAGGUGUGGGAGGAGGUGAAGUCUCAGCUUUGGAACUUCUUCCAAAACGGUGUGCAAAUGAACAUAAUACGAGAUUCAAUAAAAAACCCCACUGUGACAUAUUUCAUAAACAGGCAACUGGAAGACAUGGAUGUGACUGCCAAUGACAUCAUAAACUUCCUAAACAACAGACCAUUCACUGAUAGUACAGAUGGAACGCCAAUCUUUACCUGGCAGAAUAUUUAUAAUGUAACUGAUCAGAUCCUCACCACUUUCAAUAACUAUAUGGAGUGUUUAAACCUGGAUAAAUUCGAAGGCCACUUGGACGAAGGGCAGCUCACCCACAGGGCACUUUACCUUCUGGAGGAGAACAAGUUUUGGGCAGGGAUUGUGUUCCCGGACUUGCACCCGUGGUCAAACAAGCUUCCAACUCAUGUCAAGUAUAAAAUCCGGAUGGACAUUGAUGCGGUGGAGCGAACAAAUAAAAUAAAAGACCGGUACUGGGACCCAGGACCCAGAGCUGACCCAAUAGAGGAUUUGCGUUACAUCUGGGGAGGUUUUGCUUACUUACAAGACAUGAUUGAACAUGGAAUUAUCAGGACCCAUACCAACACCGAGGUCCCAUCGGGAAUCUAUGUCCAACAAAUGCCAUAUCCCUGCUUUGUUGAUGAUAUCUUCAUGCUAGCACUGACUCGUUGCUUCCCGAUGUUCACGGUGCUCUCCUGGAUUUACUCCGUCUCCAUGACCGUGAAGAGUAUCGUCCUUGAGAAGGAGCUGAGGCUGAAAGAGACCCUGAGAAUCAUGGGAGUCACCAGCUGGGUGCAUUGGGUCACAUGGUUCAUCGACAGCUUCCUCAUGAUGGCAGCCAGUACAGUGCUGGUGACUGUGGUGAUCAUGAGAGGAAACGUGCUGCACUACAGCAACCCCUUCCUCCUCUUCGUCUUUCUCCUGGUCUUUACCGUAGCCACCAUUAUGCAGUGCUUCCUGCUGAGUGUGUUCUUCUCCAAGGCAAACGUGGCUGCUGCUUGCAGUGGGAUCAUUUACUUCAGCCUCUACCUGCCUCACAUUCUCUGCUAUGCUUGGCAGGACAGGAUGACCAGAAAUAUGAAGUUGAUAGUGAGCCUGUUGUCUCCAGUGGCCUUUGGGUUUGGAUCGGAGUAUCUAUCCCGUUAUGAGGAGCAGGGUGUGGGUCUACAUUUGGGCAAUAUCCAUGCCAGUCCUGUUGAAGGGGACGAGUAUAGUAUGCUGCUCUCCAUCACAAUGAUGCUGUUCGACGCAUUUCUGUACGGAAUUCUCGCCUGGUACCUUGAUGCCGUGUUUCCAGGCCAGUACGGAGUACCAGCACCCUGGUAUUUUCCACUGCAGAUUUCUUACUGGGUUGGUGCUGAAAAGCCCCAAGCCGCAGCAGAAGACAAAAAUGAAUUGAAAGAAGCUGUGAAAGAGCCUGAGAAGGUGGAGAAGCCUGUGGAGGCAAAGGAAGAGAAGCCAGCAGAGAACACAGCAGAGCAAGCGGCAGACAAGCCCGGGGACGGCAAGAAGAUUUGCAAACUGAAGGAAAAAGAGGUGAAGGAGCAGCUUGAGAAGGAGAGGCAGGCGAAGGAGAGACUUGAGAAGGAAAAGCAGGAGAAGGAAAGGCAAGAGAAGGAAAAGCAGGAGAUGGAAAGGCUGGAAAAAGAAAGGCAGGAGAAGGAGAAGGAGAAGGAAAAGGAAAAAAUCAACCCUGUGACAGCAGCAAUGGCAGGAAACCCCCUCUAUGAAUUGGAGCCUUCGAGUCUGACUCUGGGAGUGUCCAUUCAGAACCUGGUGAAGACUUUUGGUGAGGGACAGAAGCCAGCCGUAGAUGGGCUGAGCAUUAACUUCUUUGAAGGGCAGAUCACUUCCUUUCUGGGUCACAACGGAGCUGGAAAAACCACCACAAUGUCAAUGCUGAUCGGUUUAUUUCCACCCACAUCCGGUACUGCAUUUAUUAACGGCAAGGACAUCCGCACAGAAAUUGAAGCUAUUCGACAGGACAUCGGCAUAUGCCCCCAGCACAACAUCUUGUUCAAUAAUCUAACGGUGGCAGAGCACAUCUUAUUUUACACUCAACUCAAAGGCCACGCAGCUGAAGAAGCAGAAAAGCAGACAGAAGUAAUGCUGGAUGAAAUUGGAUUGAUUCAUAAAAGAGACGAGUUGGCUCAAAAUUUAUCAGGUGGAAUGCAGAGGAAAUUGUCAGUAGCCUUAGCAUUCAUCGGGGGAGCGAAAGUGAUAAUCCUGGAUGAGCCAACGUCUGGAGUAGAUCCGUAUUCCAGGCGAUCUAUCUGGGAUCUCCUACUUAAAUAUCGUUCAGGAAGAACGAUCAUCCUCUCCACACACCACAUGGACGAAGCUGACCUCCUCGGCGACCGAAUCGCCAUCAUCUCCAGGGGGAAGCUGCAGUGCUGUGGCUCCUCAUUAUUCCUGAAGAACAGCUUUGGCUCCGGUUUCCACCUCACCCUGGUCCGCAGCAUGAGGAAAGUGAAGCGACAGAGACAAGAUGCAGCGCCGACCUGUGCCUGUGAACCAGGCUGCAGCUGCUCCUGCUCCAAUUGCUUCCCCAUCGAUGAGACUCUCCCAGAAGAAGAGCCAGAUGGUGACGUAGACACAUUAACAAAGCUCAUCCAGCACCACGUCCCCGAGGCCCAGCUAAUAGAGAACGUUGGCCAAGAGUUGUACUACCUGCUCCCCAGUAAAGACAUCAAACACCGUGCUUAUGCCAGCCUGUUCCGAGAAAUUGAGGAGACGCUGCAAGAUUUAGGCCUCAGCAGCUUUGGGGUAUCUGAUACCUCACUGGAGGAGAUAUUCCUGAAGGCUACGGAAGAUGCAGCUCUCAAAGCAGGCUGUGUGAUCCCAAAAAAAUCAAACACAGGCAUUGAAGAGGAACAGGAAGCAACAGUUGUCAAUAUUGAAGCAAAGGAUGCAGCCAGGGGGCAGUCCCAGAACAGCCAAGCUGUGGAGAACACGCAGAACGCUGCAUCCGCUUCUGAGGCGAAAGCCAGCGGGCAGCCGGCAGUGGAGAGCUCGGGUCCAGCCCCUGCCGAGGUGCCGUCCAACCCCACCGACCAGCCGCCAGCACCAGGGAGUGGCGGCAAGGGCUCCAGGCAAAUCAAAGGCACAGACCUUCUGAAGCAGCAGUUCAAGGCAUUGUUCAUCAAAAGGUUGAACCAUGCUACCCGCAGUCAGAAGGAUUUCGUGGCACAGUUUCUUCUUCCUGCCAGCUUUGUGCUUUUGGCUCUUUUCUUCUCGCUUAUAAUCCCUCCAUUUGGAGAGUAUAAAAGUUUAACGAUCCACCCAUGGAUGUAUGGUAAACAAUACACCUUCUUCAGCAAUGAAUUCCCGUCUGAUAAGAAGCUGAGCCCGAUGACAGAGGUCCUGGUGAACAAGCCUGGAUUUGGGACUCGGUGUAUGAAGGACAACCCCAUCGAGAGCUACCCCUGCAGUAACCACUCCAGCAACUGGGAAACCCCUCGAGCUGACCUCACGGUUGUCAACCUGCUGAAAUCCCCUUUUUAUUCCAAAAGCAACCCUUCGCCACCAUGCCAGUGCAGCACGAAAAACCGGCUCAUCAUGCUUCCUGACUGCCCCCCAGCGGCCGGAGGCCUUCCUCCACCGCAGAGGGUCCAGAACUCGACAGACAUUCUGCAGAAUCUCACUCAAAGGAACAUAUCGGAUUUCCUGGUUAAAACGUACCCCAAACUGAUAAAGAGCAGCAUGCAGAGCAAGUACUGGGUGAACGAACGCAGGUAUGGCGGCAUCACCAUCGGAGGAAAACUUCCAGGCCUACCCGUCAACCAUAAACAGAUAAGCAGCUUUUUCUCCCAGCUGGGCCGCCUGCUGAAUAUCACUGGGGGCAAUACUACACAGAUGGUGUUUAGCAAUCUGAAUGACUUCCUUAAGUAUUUGGAGACUGAAGAAAAUAUCAAGGUGUGGUUCAAUAACAAAGGCUGGCAUGCCAUGGUUGCCUUCAUGAAUGUAGCUAACAAUGCAAUUCUUCGGGUGAACCUUCCCAAGCAACAUCACGCAGAGGACUAUGGCAUUACCGUCAUCAAUCAUCCGCUCAACCUCACAAAGGAGCAGCUUUCAGAGGUGACAGUCCUUACUACUUCAGUGGACGCAGUGAUUGCAAUCAGCGUGGUCUUCGCCAUGUCAUUUGUCCCAGCCAGCUUUGUGAUCUACCUGAUACAGGAGAGGGUCUCGAACGCGAAGCACCUGCAGUUUGUCAGUGGAAUGAGCUCAACCACCUACUGGGUGUCCAACUUCCUUUGGGAUAUGUGUAACUACUCAGUGACUACAAUAAUGGUAAUCCUGAUCUUCAUUGGCUUCAGGAAGAAAGCCUACACCUCUUCACAAAACCUGCCUGCAUUUGUAGCUCUGUUACUGCUUUACGGGUGGGCGGUGACCCCCAUGAUGUACCCAGCAUCGUUUGUGUUCAGUGUUCCCAGCACUGCCUACGUGGCUCUGUCCUGCAUCAAUCUCUUCAUCGGCAUCAAUGGCAGUGCCAUCACGUUUAUUCUCGACCUGUUUGAAAAUAGCAGGGGUCUCCAAAUGUUCAAUUCAAUGUUAAAAAAUGUUCUGCUAGUAUUUCCACACUUCUGUUUGGGAAGAGGUUUAAUCGACAUGGCUAUGAAUCAGGCAGUGACUGAGGUAUACGCAAGGUUUGGUGAAGAUUUUUAUUUUAACCCAUUCCACUGGGAGUUCAUCGGCAAGAACCUUACAGCUUUGGCGAUCGAGGGAGUUGUGUACUUCACUCUGAACCUCCUCUUCGAACACCGCUUUUUCCUCAGCCACUUGCCAAUAACUCUCAGCAACUUGCCUGCCAUUGAAGAAGAUGAUGAUGUGGCAAAGGAGCGUGAAAGGAUUCAGACCAAAGUCAAGUAUGACAUACUGAAAAUAAAGGAACUGACCAAGUAUUACGCAGGGAAAUCCCAGCCGGCUGUUGAUAGGAUCAGUGUAGGUGUUCGGCCUGGAGAGUGCUUUGGGCUUCUGGGUGUCAAUGGUGCUGGAAAAACAACCACCUUCAAAGUGCUGACCGGGGACAUACAUCCCACAUCGGGUGAAGCUUCGAUCGCAGGCUACAGCAUUCUUACCCACAUUGAAGACGUUCACCAGAACAUGGGAUAUUGCCCUCAGUGUGAUGCAAUCGAUGACCUCCUUACAGGCCGCGAACAUCUCUUGCUCUACGCUCGUCUGCGCGGUGUUCCGGAAGAUGAGAUCGACCAGGUGGCCAGCUGGGCAAUUGAGAAACUGGACCUCACUGAGUAUGCAGACCAGACAGCUGGGACAUACAGCGGGGGCAACAAACGCAAACUCUCCACGGCCAUUGCCCUCAUCGGCUGCCCUCCGGUGGUGCUGCUGGAUGAGCCAACUACUGGGAUGGAUCCAAAGACUCGGCGAUUCCUCUGGAACUGUCUGCUUGACAUUAUCCGAGAAGGAAGAGCUGUGGUGUUGACCUCACACAGCAUGGAAGAAUGUGAAGCACUCUGCACGCGAUUGGCCAUCAUGGUGAACGGCCAGUUCAAGUGUCUUGGCACCAUACAGCACCUGAAGUAUAAGUUUGGGGACGGUUACGUGGUGACACUGAAGAUUAAAGGUAGUAAGCCUGGAGCUUCACCUGACCUGAAUGCAGCAGAAACUUUUAUCAAGAGCAACUUUCCAGACAGUCUGCAAAUAGAGAAGCAUCACAACACCAUCCAGUACCAGCUGUCUUCAUCAUCAUUAGCCAAAAUCUUCCAGUUACUGAUCUCCAACAAGGAGCAGCUGAGAAUAGAUGAAUAUUCAGUCUCCCAGACAACUUUAGACCAGGUAUUUGUGAACUUUGCCAAACAGCAAACAGCUGAGGAAGAAAGUCUCGCUCUCCACCCACGUGCAGCUGGGGCCAGGCGGGAGGUGAAAAUAACACCGGCUCCGGUUGAAAGCACUCCCAACUCUGCUGCCGCCGAGACGAAUCUGGAGAAGAAGUCUUGAGGAAGUG